UACAUAGAAGUUAAUGAAAUUUAACACCAUGAGUUGUUACUACGUUAUAUUGAUAACGCUAUCUGUGUUUAUGUGGGCAGACGCCGAGGAACUCUAUUCCAGUAAGUACGAUUAUAUCAAUGUGGAUGAAAUUAUGGCAAAUGAUCGCCAACGGGAACAAUACUACAAAUGCUUUAUGGAUCUGGCACCUUGUAAGACUCCCGAUGCAAUAUUCUACAAAGGUCAUUUAUUUGAAGCAUUCACAACUAAAUGUAAAAAAUGCACUGAAAUGCAAAAACAGAAUCUGGAAAAGUUGGUAGAAUGGUAUAGUAAGAAUAAACCCGAUCAAUGGAAUGCUUAUCUGGAAAAAGUAUUAAAGGAUGCCAAGGGUACAGAGUGA